GUUACCUUGUAAUGGAAGUCGACACACUCGAAUCUCGUACGAGUAGAUGAAAGGUCCUCUUCGCCUCAUACCGCAACCGACAGCCCAGGUAUGACAGAGCAAGAUGUAGUCCUGCGCGAAGCCCCGACGCCCGUCGUGGCCUCUCUCUGGACGCGAUCCCUCAUCGCGGGCGCUCUAGCCGGCCUCACGGUUGACACCUCUCUGUAUCCGAUUGACACGAUCAAGACCCGACUACAGUCCAAUCUGAGCAAUCACCAUGCCUCGACUCUACCACGGCACACCUUCGCCGGCACUCUUCGCAGCAUGUACGCGGGCCUGCCCUCUGCCAUGCUCGGCUCCAUGCCCUCGGCCGCUUUCUUCUUCCUGGUCUACGACGGCGUCAAGCGAGGAUUGACGGACCCGACUCAGCCUUCCUCGACACAGGCAUACACACACAUGCUGGCGUCAUCAUUGGGAGAAAUUGCAGCGUGCGCAAUCAGAGUGCCCACCGAGGUUGUCAAGCAACGAGCGCAAGCAGGACUGUUCGGCGGAUCUUCGUUGCUCGCAUUCCAAGAUAUCCUCGCUUUGCGGCACACUGACGGCGUUCCAACCAUGGUGCGAGAGCUCUACAGAGGCGGAGGGAUCACCAUCAUGCGCGAGAUACCCUUCACGAUCGUCCAAUUCAGUCUGUGGGAAUACUUUAAAGCUUCAUACUCAGAUCGACAGCACACAUUAACUGGUCGUCAGGAAGGACUGGUGACUGCCAGCGAAAGUGCAGUCUUUGGAAGCGUUGCUGGAGCCAUAGCUGCAGGCCUAACCACACCCCUAGAUGUGGUGAAAACUCGGAUCAUGCUUGCACGGAAAGAGACCGGGAGCUUAUCAACCAGGACAGGUCCUAUCGCCGCCCUGCGACAGACCUGGCAUGCUGAAGGGCUUUCCGGCCUCUUUCGAGGCUUUGUGCCUCGUGUGGGCUGGAUCAGUACUGGUGGUGCGAUCUUUCUCGGGACAUAUCAGUAUGUAUGGAAUCAGCUGGCCUCGGAACAGCCUUGACCAGAGACGAUCUUGCAAAUUUCCGGACCUGGACAGCUGCGAUUCUCCAUUGACAAGACACGCCAAGGACAUCCUCCAUUCGUAGCGCUGGUGAAGGUCAAUUACUUUCCAAAGCUUCCAUUUUCGGGGACGUUACUGCACCAGCAUCUUGCACCAGGUCACAAAGAAGGACUCCUUGUGCUAUCUCCGCAGAACAAGAGCCGAGUCGGCUAGAGGUCUACUCUUGACGAUACUCCUUCCGGCGUAGAGAACAUACCAUCUACCAGAAAUGGGUGAAGGGAUUGAUCACUGCGAGAUGGUAAUCCCAAUCUACCCCGGCGACAAAGGUAGUUCUGCAACAUCGCCGUGGCACCCUUGAUCCAGUUGGGACAUACUUUCCCAAGGCGUGUCUAUUAAGUUCUUCUGUCGCGACGUCAGAAUGAUUGAGGGAUAAAGACCAUUGUAAACCGUGUUGUAUAGUAGUACAAAAAUUGCGUCCUCC